AGAAGACUAUUGCCAAAACUAAGCCACGACCACACAUUAACUUGGAAUUAUUACAAUUCAGUUAAUGUAUGGUCGGAUUUCUUAAUCAUUACGACAAAACAUUACUUUUGUAAAUAUUUGUCGUUAUAAUCUGCAGGCUUGUAAGUACAAGAUUUUUGUUUGGCAGAAAGAUAGUGUUGAAGGCACUUGAUUUUCCUGGAAAAUAUAUGCUCAUUUUCUUGGAAAUGGGCAGAAAGUGAGAGCCCCGUUGACUAGCAUGCAGAUUUUUGUUCCUGUACUGAAAUGGCGAAGGACAUGAUUAUAAGUGCAUCACUUGCACCCAUGUCUGAGUUACUUUCUCAGACUGUACUUGCAAUACUUGAAACUGUUAAUGCGGCGAAAGAAGUCCCCAUUCAGAAAGAGAAUUUCAACAAAUUCUCGAAUUACUUGGGGAUGAUCGUGUCUACAUUGAAGGAGUUGUCAAAGUUAGACAUAGAUAAUUCUGACUCUUCUGAGAGCUUAAGAAAUGCUCUAGGGUUGCUGAACCAAGAGAUUAAAAAUGCUAGGCAGCUGACUCUAGACUGCAGAGAAAAAAACAAGAUUUAUCUUCUGAUUAACUGCCGGAAAAUCACGAAGCACAUAGAUGGCAGCACAAAAGAGAUUAGUCAAGCUUUAAGUCUCAUGCCUUUGGAUUCAUUAGAUGUUUCUCUGGGUUUAAGUAAUAAGAUCAGCAGGUUAUGUAAGAAUAUGAUGGAUACCGAGUACUGUGUAGCUUUAGUAGAGGAAGAAAUUUAUGAAAAAAUCGAGUCAGGAAUACAGGAGAGUGAUGUUGAUCGAUCUUAUGCCAAUGAGUUGCUGGCUCAUGUAUGUGAGGUUGUUGGUAUCUCAACAGAGCAGUCAGCCUUAAAGAAGGAAUUUGAAGAGUUCAAAAGUGAAAUAGAAGAUGCCAGGCUGAGAAUAGACACGGCGGAAACCAUUAAGAUUGAACAAAUUAUUGCUUUGCUUGAAAAGGCUGAUGCCACUACAUCUCAUGAGGAAAAGCAGAAGAAGUAUUUCAAUGAGCGGAAUCAUUUGGGCAGGCAACCUCUGGAGCCUCUUCAGUCAUUUUACUGCCCCAUCACUCGGGAUGUAAUGACUGAUCCUGUGGAAAGUUCCACAGGUCGAACUUUCGAGAGAAGUGCCAUUGAGAAGUGGGUUGCAGAGGGUAACAAAAUCUGUCCUUCAACUUACACUCCCUUGGAGAAUUUGGAUUUUCGGCCUAACAAAACUCUUCGGCAAUCAAUUCAACAAUGGAAGAGUAGGAACAAAAUGAGUACCAUUGUUUCCAUCAAACCCAAACUCCAGUCAAAUGAUGAGCGUGAAGUGCUUCAGUCACUUGGCAAACUGCAGGAUUUAUGCAUCGAGCGAGAGUCGCAUCGUGACUGGGUGACAAUGGAAAACUAUAUACCAAUUCUUGUUACACUUCUUGGUGCCAAAAAUCGUGAAUUAAGAACACUUUCUCUGGACAUCCUAUGCAUCCUUGCAAGGGAUGGUGAUGAGAAUAAGGAAAGAAUUGCUGAAGUAGACCACGCACUAGAAUCGAUUGUUUGCUCACUUGCACAUCAAAUUGGGGAAAGUAAGUCAGCAUUGCGGUUGUUACUGCAACUGUCAAGCAUCAGUAAAGUCCAAGAUGUAAUCGGAAAUGUCCAAGGAUGUAUGUUUCUCUUAGUUGCCAUGUUAAAUAGCGAUGAUCCUGAUGCUUCUGGCGAUGCUAAAGAGCUUUUGGAGAAUCUGUCUUACCUUGAUCAGAAUGCCAUCCAGAUGGCAAAAGCAAAUUAUUUUAAACCUUUAUUACAGCUUCUUUCUUCAGGACCAGAACAUGUAAGGUUGAUCAUGGCUGAGACUUUGUCAGAAAUUGAGCUUACUGAUCACAACAAAUUGGCCUUGUUUAGAGAAGGUGCGCUCGGGCCACUUCUUCAAAUGCUCUCUCAUAGUGACUUGGAGAUGAAAAUAGUUGCUGUUAAAGCCCUUAAGAACCUGUCUCACAUACCACAAAAUGGCCUGCAGAUGAUCAAAGAAGGUGCUCUAAAACCGCUGUUUGAACUUCUUUAUCGUCAUGGCUUAUCAUCGUCAAGUUUUCGUGAAGGGGUAGCAGCCAUAAUAAUGCAUCUUGCUACUGCAACCUGUUCUCAAGAAGCCAAUGAUCUGCAAAUCUCGAUGCUGGAAUCUGAAGAAGAUAUCUUCAAACUGUUCUCUCUUAUUUCCUUGACAGGACCUGACAUUCAGAAAAGCAUUCUCCGAACUUUUCAGGCCUUGUGCCAAUCUCCUUCAGGUCCAGAUAUCAGAGCAAAGUUGAGACAGCUCUCGGCUGCUCAAGUGUUGGUUCAGUUAUGUGAAGUGAAUAACCAUACCAUACGUGCAAAUGCUGUGAAGCUGUUCUGUUGCUUGACAGAAGACGGAGAUGGCAGAACCUUCUUAGAGCACGUUGGUCAGAGAUGCAUUGAGACUUUGCUCGGGAUCAUCAAAACUUCUUGUGAUGUUGAAGAAAUUGCAGCUGCAAUGGGUAUUAUCUGCAAUCUACCUAAGAACACACAAAUGACUCAAUGGCUUCUAGAUGCCGGGGCUCUUGAAGUUAUCUUUACUUGUCUCAAUGAUGGAAAUAGAAAUGCAUCAUACAAAAGGCCAGUUGUAGAGAAUGCCACUGGAGCUCUUUGUUGUUUCACCAUCUCAACAAAUCUGGAAUGGCAGAAAAGAGCAGCUGAAGUAGGCAUUAUACCAGUACUUGUACAGUUGCUAGUUUCUGGAACAUCUUUGACAAAACAAAAUGCAGCCAUUUCACUUAAACAGUUUUCCGAAAGUUCAACUGCUUUGAGCCAGCCAGUGAGGAAGCGUGGACUUUUCUUUUGCUGCAUGGCUGCACCUCUCACCGGCUGCCCUGUCCACUUGGGAAUCUGCACAGUAGAGUCUUCCUUCUGCAUUGUAGAAGCUAAUGCUUUGCCACCGCUAGUGAGGAUGCUUGGAGAGACCAAUCUUGGUGUUAGUGAAGCUUCGUUAGAUGCACUCUUGACAUUGAUCGAUGGUGAAAGACUGCAAAGCAGUAGUAAGGUGCUAGAUGAAGCAAAUGCCAUUGCUCCAAUCAUCAAAUUAUUAUGUUCACCGUCUGCCAGUUUGCAGGAGAAGAUUUUGAAGGCUCUAGAAAGACUGUUUCAACUGGUUGAGUUGAAGCAAAAAUAUGGAAAAUCUGCCCAGGUACUGUUAGUCGAUAUUACUCAGAGGGGAAAUAGUAGUAUGAAAUCCCUGGCUGCUAAAGUACUUGUUCGGUUGAAUUUGCUCGAAGAACAGUCGUCAUUUUUUGGAUAAGGCACAAUCAUGUUCAAUCUAAUUCAUUUCUCUUAUAAGGUGAAGAUAUUUCCAAUUGUUUCAAUCUUUUCUUAUGAGAAAAUUAGACUCUUUACUCAGUAAUCACAAAGCUGAGCUCAGUUUCUUGUUCCCAAUGAAAAAUCAGGUCUCUUUAUUACAAAAAUUGAACUGCUUUGUUAGAGAUAAGCUUAUACAUUGUACAGAUUUUCUGUUGCUUCUGGUAACAGAGUGCAUAAU